UCUCUCUCUCUCUCUCUCUCUCUCUCUUCCUCCUCCCUUUCUGCAAACGGGACUCGAUAUUGCAAGACUGAUGAUAAUAGGGGUGACAUAUUGAACUGCUUGUUUAUGUGUGUGUGAAUUUUUGCUUGGGUUUGUGCAGCAAAGAAAAAAGCCAGGAACUCAGUUCACGCUUUCUGAUUAGUUUGAGAGCCUUUCACAUGCGUAUUAAACCAGCUUUUUAUUGGAUGGAAGCAGGUAUUAUUAAAACUGUAGAGAAGCUUUUAAAAAUCAUUCUGCAACCGUGUAGUGAGUGUUUACUUUUUAUUGAUUUUUUUAAACCUAUAGCCAGAUUUAGUUAAUUUCACAUUUACCUUCUAAUGAUGGAAACUUGUUCUAAUAAAAAAAGUCACUAGUGAGUCAGCCUUUGAAGGCUAAUGGAAAGGAGGCUCAGAGGAUCUCCUGCUGACUUGAGAGGGAGAGAGAGAGAGAGACACACACACACACACACACACACACACAGAGGCAGAUUGCUGAGGAACUUAAGGGGGAGGGGGGCGGAAAAACCCUACCAGAAGAACUCGUGGAGCCAUGAGCCGCGCUGUGUUGCUGACUCACCUUCCAGACCCCAGCAGCAGCUUCAGGGAAGACGCCCCCCGCCCCCCUGUGCCAGGCGAGGAAGGAGAGACACCAUGCCAACAGCCUGCAAGCUCGUUUGUCAUGAAAAGCCAAAGCUUCAAGGCCAUGUCAAUUUCUUCCAACCCAAGGAGGAAUGAGGAUGGUCUUGGAGAGCCGGAAGGCAGUGCAUCUCCAGACUCCCCUCUGGCAAGAUGGACCAAAUCCCUGCAUUCCUUGUUGGGGGAUCAAGAUGGUGCCUAUCUUUUUCGGACCUUCCUGGAAAGAGAGAAAUGUGUGGAUACCUUAGACUUUUGGUUUGCCUGCAAUGGCUUCAGGCAGAUGGACCUUAAGGAUACCAAAACUUUAAGAGUAGCCAAAGCUAUAUACAAAAGGUACAUUGAGAACAACAGCAUUGUCUCCAAGCAGCUCAAGCCUGCCACUAAGACCUAUAUAAGAGAUAGUAUCAAGAAGCAGCAGAUAGAUUCUAUAAUGUUUGAUCAGGCACAGACUGAAAUUCAGAGUGUGAUGGAGGAAAAUGCUUACCAGAUGUUUUUAACUUCUGAUAUAUACCUCGAAUAUGUACGGAGUGGGGGAGAGAAUCCUGCUUAUAUUAACAGCAAUGGACUGGGGAGCUUAAAAGUUGUCUGUGGCUAUCUCCCAACCUUGAAUGAAGAAGAAGAAUGGAGCUGUGUGGACUUUAAAAACAAAAUCUUGCCUUCUGUAGUUGGGCUAUCCAGCAAGACUUUGAGAGUUACAGCAAGUGUCAGAGCUACAGAAACGGCUGAGAAUGGAUACAGGUCAUUCAAGAGGAACGAUCCUAUUAACCCAUACCAUGUGAAUUCUGGCUAUGUUUUUGCCCCAGCAACUAGCGCAAAUGAUAGCGAAAUCUCUAGUGAUGCCCUCACUGAUGAUUCCAUGUCAAUGACGGACAGUAGCGUAGAUGGAAUCCCUCCUUAUAGACUUGGGAGCAAGAAGCAGCUCCAGAGGGAAAUGCAUCGUAGCGUUAAGGCCAAUGGUCAAGUUUCUCUACCUCAUUUUCCGAGAACCCACCGUCUUCCUAAGGAAAUGACCCCUGUGGAACCAGCUACCUUUGCUGCUGAACUGAUAUCCCGGUUGGAAAAACUGAAGCAAGAGCAAGAAAUGAUGGAUAGUCUGGAGGAGAGGCUACAGCAAAUCAAAGAGGAAGAUGAGAAGGAGGGAUCAGAGCUACCUGCCAACACGCAGACCAAUCGGGAGGCAGCAGCCACUCCGCAUCAGCAGCACCCACUCACUCUCCUGCCAUCCGGCAGCUACGAGGAGGACCCGCAGGCGAUCCUGGAUGACCAUCUAUCACGAGUGCUGAAGACUCCCGGCUGCCAGUCACCCGGCCUGGGACGACAUAGCCCCCGCUCCCACUCCCCGGACCGCCUCCCAGGGGGCAAGCCACAGCCAAGCGCGGCCUCGCCAGCUGCCUGCACCCUCAUCAGUAAAGGAUUUAUCACCAAGCAGACCACCAAGCACGUCCACCACCACUACAUCCACCACCACACCAUUCCCAAGACUAAAGAGCAGAUAGAAGCUGAGGCAGCACAGAGGGUUCAGUGCUUCUGUCCUGGGGGCAGCGACUACAACUGCCAUUCAAAAUGCAAGAGCCAUGCAAAAGGGACAGAGCUUCCGCUGGAGCAGUUUGGCAGAACCGGCAUGCUGACGAAGAGGAAUGGCAAAGUAAUGGAUGGCGUCGCCCUGCCGGCUGGCGAAGCAGGGCUAUCUGUAAUGCCCGGGCUCCAGCUACCUGGGGGUGAGGCGGAUCGGUCACAGAAUGUCUGGCAGUGGAUGCUGGAGAGCGAGAGACAAAAUAAGCACAAGCCUCAUAGCACACAAAGCACAAAGAAGGCCUACAAUUUGGAGUCCACCAAAGGGAUCCCCAGUGAGCGCACGGCCCGCCACCACCUGUGGGGGAACAACAAUCACCCACGCGGGGCACAGCCUGCCCACCCGUUCGUCCAGGAUCCCACCAUGCCUCCGCUGACCCCGCCCAACACUCUCGCCCAGCUGGAGGAAGCCUGCCGCAGGCUAGCGGAAGUGUCCAAGCCUCAGAAACAAAGAUGUUCAACCUCAAAUCAACAGAGGGAUCGAAACCACACAUCUGCUGUUCAGGGGGGAAAUGCCCCUUUUUGCAAUGCAAGUCUAACUACAGAAGAUCACAAAGAGCCAAAGAAACUCCCAGUGGCUCACACCUCCCAGUCCAGCGAGUUGGUUGUCACUUAUUUUUUCUGUGGAGAAGAAAUACCCUACAGGAGGAUGUUAAAGGCCCAGAGCCUGACACUUGGGCACUUUAAAGAGCAGCUGAGCAAAAAGGGAAAUUAUAGGUAUUAUUUCAAAAAAGCAAGCGACGAAUUUGACUGUGGUGCAGUUUUUGAAGAAAUUUGGGAAGACGACACAAUUCUGCCCAUGUAUGAAGGAAGGAUUCUUGGGAAAGUAGAGAGGAUUGAUUGAUUGAUGGCAACUGUGUUUCCUUGACACAACCCUAAGCUAAAGAUGUCUUUGGACACACAACAAUAGCAACAGCAACAAAAACUUUUGAAGGAAAGUUUUGAACCAAUGAAGAAGAAAAAGUGAGGCCUAUGAAGACUUUGCCAAAUUAGCCUUAGGGGGGGGAAAAAUGGCAUUUAUUAUUCAUGAGUUGGGUACUGAGAUGAUUUAAAAAAAACAAACCCUGAACUAUUUAUUAAAAACAUGACCACUGUUGGCUAUUGAAGAUGCAGCCCACGUUUGAGAGACUUCCAUACAUAAUAUAUGACUUCCUGGGGAUCUGAAAUCUAUGGACUAAGAGAAACUGUGUAUAGCUUACCUUACCAGUAAUCCUUAUUGAUAUUUAUUGAACAGUCUGUUUUCCCUUAAGUCCAGUUUAUGGAUAUGCUGCUUUAACAAUGGUGAAAAGAGGGGAUGUGGGGGGAAGAAGGGGAAGUGUUGAAGGGGUUAUUUUUUAUGUCCCACUAGCUCCAACUUUGGAGUUCAGCUAUAGGAGUGCAUUAAUAAUUUCUACCACUUUAAAGGGAUUCGGGUGGGGGAAUUAUACUGUGCCCAAUAUUUCUCCAAGUGAAGAUAAAAUUAUUUUCUAAAGAAAUAAUUUUAAAAAAUUAUCCUGCCAUUCACUCAUUUAGAGAUUGGUGCAUUUUAAUCUAAGCUGCUCUAAUUUGUAAUAAAGGUCUUUAAGUGCUAAAUAUGUUAGAUGCAAUAUAGUAACAGCGAUUGGUUUCUGUCCCUGGGUGGUGAGGUUUUUCUUUUUGUUACUCUCGUUGUGUGGGACUCCGUGUUGUGUCCAGUGCCUAUCUUUUGCAAGGAAGACUGUAGCAAAUCCUAAACCUAGGAGGAAAGCUGUAAGAGAAGCCAGACAGUUUUCAUUUACAUGUUGCAAAAAAGAAAAGGAGGGCUUGUCACCUUAGAGACUAACAUAUUUAUUUGAGCAUAAGCUUUCGUGAGCUACAGCUCACUUCAUCGGAUGCUCACGAAAGCUUAUGCUCAAAUAAAUAUGUUAGUCUCUAAGGUGCCACAAGUCCUCCUUUUCUUUUUUGCGAAUACAGACUAACACGGCUGCUACUCUGAAACCAUUUACAUGUUAACACACCAAAAGGACACAUUGCAAAAGCUAGGUUAAAACCCAGAUGUGUAUUCCACAUAGCUAGCUAGCUUUUUACUUUUUGGUAUUCUACUUCAAUGUUAGCACAUCUUGUAUUUAAACUACAUUCAUAUAUGACAGUGAAUUUUCCGAUGCGUUUUUUUCGUCUUGCCUAAAUGACACCCUUUCAAGCCAAUGGGAGUUGUGGGCUAAGCUCCUUGCAACACUUUGAAAAGCUUCCGUGUGUGUGUGUGUGUGUGUGCUGGGACAAAGCAACCCUUUCCCAAGAAAAACUUUGCAUUUCUACAUUUGGGUUUGUGUUGAUUAACUUAAUCUGUGCAUUCUGUUUGCCAUUGCUAUUUUGUAUAAUACGUCUGUAUAUAUUGUAGAAAAUGUAUGGUGGAAAAAAUAAUACACUAUCUCUAGUGUUUUAAAAUUUAUUCAGUACAGUACCUGUGCCUGCAUGGUGUUACUUUGCCAUGUGUUGCCCUAUAUUCAGGGUUCAAGCUUUCCCUUGUUUGUUUAAGGGGUUUUAUGUAUAAAUAUAUUUUAUGCCUUUUAUUACAAGUCCUGUACUCGUGACUUUUGCGAUGGCAUUUUGUUCUACUUAUACUGUAAAUUAUGCAUUAUAAAGAGUUUCAUUUAAAGAAAAUUACUUGGUACAAUAAUUAUUGUAAUUAAGAGAUGUAGCCUUUAUUAAAAUUUUAUAUUUUUCAAAUUAA